AUGUUUUAUUCUCAAAUCCCGCAAUGGACUCUCUUGGGAACUUCCAAGGAGGACUUCGAAAAGGCUAAAAUUGAUGUUCUUUUGAACCUUAGUCAUCUUUGGGCUGAGCCCACAGCACCGCAGCAAAAGCUUCCUAUCGAGAGGAAGCGGAGCAAGAAUCAGGACAUUAUGUGUCGAUUCUGCAAAAAUAAUGGACGUCCUCAGCGAGAGUUCAAGUCCCACGAUAACAAGAGCUGCCCGGUGCUGAAUGCCUACAAAUGUCCAACUUGCGGGAAAAAUGGUCACACGGUUCGCUACUGCCCAGAGAAGAAAAUCAUCACUCCAGAGGAUCUGGCUGGUUUGGUAAAUUAA